AUGCGUCUCCCCGGCGGCGUUCGAACCGCAGAGCAAUUUUGGGACGCACUUGUCGAGAAAAGGGAUUGUUCGUCAGAGGUGCCCAAGAGUCGAUACAAUGUGGACGGGUUUUAUAGCGCGGAUAGGCCCGGGACAGUGAAAACACGAAGAGGAUACUUUCUCGAAGAUGACUACAUCGGGAACGCUGACUUGAACUUCUUCCCGGCGAUUCCUGGCUUUGAAAUGGACGAAUUAGACCCGCAACAGACUUUGUUGAUGGAGGUCAUUUGGGAGUGUAUGGAAAAUGCUGGCCAGACAGGCUGGAAUGGCAAAGAUAUUGGCUGCUACGUUGGUGUUUUUGGCGAAGACUGGCAUGAGCUUGCAGCAAAAGAGACACUGUCAAUACCUCGCGUGCAUGCCUUUGCUAAUGGGAGUUACACGCUGUCCAACCGCGUCUCUUAUCAAUUCGAUCUGAAAGGCCCGAGUGCCACUAUUAUGACUGCAUGCUCAUCGUCAUUAAUGGCCCUUCAUGAAGCGUGCCAGGCCCUAAAUGAAGGGAGUUGUUCCUCAGCCAUCGUAGCCGGAACCAAUAUGAUUGUAACGCCAUCCAUGACCAUUAACAUGUCUGAUAACUCGGUUCUAUCCCCGGAUGGGUAUUGCAAGGCAUUUGAUGCUAGAGCUAAUGGUUAUGGGAGAGGAGAGGCUGUUAAUGCAAUCUACAUUAAGCCCCUGAGCCGGGCACUGGCAGACGGGGAUAACAUUCGAGCAGUCAUAAGGGCAACGUCGGCAAACUAUGAUGGGAAAUCAGCCAAAAUCUUUGCACCCGACGUGAAUAGUCAAGAGCGACUGAUACGAAAGGCUUACCAAAAAGCACACAUUUUAGAUCCUUCAGAUACGGGCUUUUUCGAAUGUCAUGGAACUGGCACCAAAAUUGGAGAUGUAGUCGAGACAACAGCGAUUGCCCGAGUCUUCGGUUCACGAGGAAUGUACAUUGGAUCGGUGAAAACCAAUUUUGGUCACGGGGAAGGUGCCUCAGGUCUCACAGGAGUGAUAAAAGCUAUACUGUCCCUGGAGCGUCGCAUCAUUCCACCAAACAUGCACUUUGCCCAACCUAAUCCCAAGAUACCCUUUCAAAAAGGACGCCUAGAAGUUCCUACCGAGCCAAUUCCAUGGCCUUCUGAUCGGAAGGAACGAGUCAGUGUUAACGGUUUCGGCAUUGGUGGUGCCAACGCACAUGCUAUUCUGGACUCAUGGCCUACCCCGAGGGAUGAGGCUACAGAGUCUGUCUCGGGACAUCCUCAUAGAAGCCGCCUGCUUGUGGUUUCUGCUGCAAGCGAAAGAGCACUCCAGGCUCGCUGCGAAGCAGUGAGAUCGUACAUACUUGAGAAGCCUUCCCAGAUCCCUGAUGUUGCCCACACCCUCGGAGUGUGUCGGGAGCACCUCCCUUACCGUACCUUUAUGGUAACUAGUGGUAAUGAUACUCCUGAUGAACCUUGUUUGACUCAAAAUGCAUCUACUUCACCCUUGAGCGACAUAGUAUUUGCGUUCUCCGGUCAGGGUUCGCAGUGGUGCGGCAUGGGGAGAGAAUUAAUGGAUGCAUUCCCGGGUUUCAAGCUCGACUGCCUCACUAUGGACCAAAUAUUGCAGGAGUUGCCAGAGCCACCCACAUGGAGCAUCGUUGAUGAACUCCAAACGCUGGAAGACCCACAGAAGAUGGAGGAGCCUGUAUUUUCACAGACCCUAUCUGCUGCUGUGCAAAUUGCACUGGUAAAUCUUCUUGAAAGUUGGGGCAUACACCCUGCGGCUGUAAUCGGCCAUUCCAGCGGUGAAGUAGGAGCCGCUUAUGCGGCGAAAGCGAUUCCCCUUCGAACGGCCAUAAUCGUAGCCUACUACCGAGGCCUUUGCGCCAUGUCUUGCCCACUAACAGGAGGAAUGGCUGUUAUUGGUCUAGGUAAGAAUGCUGUUAAGAAGUAUCUCAAAGAUGGACUCGUGGUGGCAUGUGAGAAUAGCCCUGAGACGGUCAAUAUUUCCGGCAACCGAGAAAGUCUGGCAGCUGUUGUGAAUCAGAUCAAAACCGACAAUCCGGACAUUUUCACCAGAAUGCUGCCCAUACCCGAUAUGAAGCAAGCGGCGGCUGUCUUUAGAGACUUCAUUGAGCCUUAUAUUCUUUUCAAUAAUAACAUGAUACCGUUGUAUUCGACACUUACGGGCUCGGUAGUCAACGAUCCCGCUCAGCUUAAUGCUAGCUAUUGGGGAGCCAACCUUGAGUCCCCAGUCCUUUUCGUCAAAGCUGUCGAGUCUCUCCUUGCUUCUAAGAACGAUAUAUCGAAGACCUUCAUCGAAGUCGGACCUCACUGUUCUCUCUCAGCACCUCUGCGCCAAAUACUUGCUCGGCAUAAAUUGCAAGCGAACAAAUACAUUCCCACCCUUUUGAUUGAUCAAGACCAAGCACGCUGCUUGUUGCAAGUGGCGGGAGAGCUUUUCUCAACUGGAUAUGAUAUUGAUCUGGAAGCAAUCAAUGGCAAAGGCCAAUUUGUUAGCAGCCUGUCGCCGUACCCAUGGGACCGACAGAGCCUGAAUUGGAAGGAAAGUCGGCUUAGUAAAAACUGGAGGUUUCGUCAGCAUCCACGCCAUGAACUUCUAGGUUCCCGGACGCUAGAAUCAAGUGAUAUUGAACCAUCCUGGAGAAACCUACUAAGCCUAGUAGAUGUGCCAUGGCUUGGUGACCACUGCAUCAUGGGAGAAAUUCAAUUUCCAUGCGCAGGGUACAUUGCAAUGAUCAACGAAGCCGCCCACCAGAUAUCCAACAUGCAAGAGUGCACGAUCCGGAACUUGUGCAUUCAGGCUCCUCUUCUACUCCACCAAUGGGAAAGGAUUGAGAUUGUAACAAGCGCGAAGCCUGUCAAGAUCAAACUCAGCAUCAUGUCCUACAAUGGUGUCGAGUGGGUCAAACAUGCCGUAUGUCAGGCCGCAGCUGGCACAGCACAGCUUGAUCUGGACUUGGAUUCAGAUCACGAAUGCGCACGGCCCGUGAAUUCAGCCAAAUUGUAUCAAGAGUUGCGAAAACUUGGCUUGGAGUAUGGACCCGCCUUCAGAGGCUUGGAGAGCAUUCGAGCGGACCCCUUAAGCUACAGAGCGACCGCGAUCCUCCGAACCGAAGACGCCCAUGCUGUGCAUCCUACCACAAUUGACAAGGGCUUGCAACUCCUCAGCAUCGCAGCUUCAAAGGGGAAAUUAAUGCAGGACUCAAAGCCUCACGUUCCUGUGUUUGUGGAUACGAUUCAGAUCGGUCGGAACCGACCGCAGGUGAAGGUGACAGCGUCUAUGGAGAGUCUCGCUUUGAGCCAAUCCAAGACCAAAGUCACCUUGAUAGAUAAUACAGGCCAAGGUAAUGAGAGAAUCCUCUCGAUGAAAGGGAUUAUACUCGUUCCGUUGGAAAGCAGCAUAAAAGCUGGAUCCAGCAACAUCCCUUUGGCAACAUAUGGCGAAUGGCGCCCGGACAUGGAUCUGAUCACAGCCCAGGACCAGCUUUCUGGACUCAAAAGCUUAACUGAUUCACAGGCCCGCACGAUCGUUGCAGCUUCAACACUCAAUAUGGUUCAAGUACAUCGACUUCUCCAACAUACAGUUCCCUCCUCGGAGAAUUCGAAGGACUAUCAAUGCUGGAUCCAAACUCAGAUCGACAAUAUACUAAACGGAAAGCUGAUCACUGCCGAAAAUGCAAAGGCGUGGGCAACACUAGAGGAUGGCGAUCUAUUGAAGGAAGUUGAAGUUUUAAACGAGACUCUCGAAUCCGAGGGAUUGAAAUAUGUUUCAGACCUAUUGAAGGGCAUUUUAGUCUCGACAUUGGAUGUCAGCCGAGGCUUCUGUGACACUGAAUCGGUAUCAAGUUUGCGCAGUCUGGUAGAAUGCUCCAAGAUGUCGCUCACAAGUGACCUGUCCGCUUGGCUUUCUCUUGUCUCACAUUCCAAUCCGACGCUACGAGUUCUCGAGAUAGAAGCCCGUGAGCCUUCUUUCACCUCCUCAAUCCUCGCACAGCUCAAGUCAACAGGCGAAAGACUAUACUCAAGCUAUACAGUCACGAGCACGAGUAUGAUCGAUGAUCAAUCUAAAAGUCAGUUAGACGGUCAUAAGCAUGUUAACUUCCAACAGCUAGACAUCACCCAAGAUCCACUAUUGCAAGGAUUUCAGGAAGGCAUUUUUGACUUGGUGAUAGUGUCUAAAAUGUGUAUUGAUAAAUCAGGACUUGAGAAUUCCUUACAGCACAUCAAGAGACUCCUCACACACAAUGGGAGCCUUCUACUCCACGUACCAAGUCCAGAUCUCCCUGUCAUGGAAAAUGCAUCCAGAUUGUUGUCAUUGGCUGGGUGUGACAACUACAACUCUCACUUAGGAGACUGUCAGCCCCUUGAUGCAUGGCAUAAAUCACUUCUGCUUGCAGGGUUCACCGGAGUUGAGACAUAUUCAUACGACGCUAGGUUUCCGUAUCCAUUGCACUACAAUAUUAUCUCACGUACCUCAGAUUGGAAUGCAGUGAAGAAAACAAAGACAAUCUACCUUCUAUGCACGUUUAAGAGGCACGAUCACCCGUGGGUAUGCAAUGUGGAAGCCGUACUUGAGCAGGCAGGCUACCACACCGAGCGAUGCAUCCUUGGAGAAGAAUUACCUCCUAAUCAAUGCGUUAUUUCCUUUUUGGAUCUUGAUAAGCCCUUCUUCAAAGACAUAGACACACAGAGCUGGAGCUGGUUUCAGUGCUUGAUCAAGUGUUCUCCUCGCAUCCUUUGGAUUACCCCGUCCGUCGAACUCGGGUGCCAUGAUCCUGAAUUCGGGAUUGUACUUGGUGCAUCACGAACAGUUCGACAAGAGGAAGCACUCCAUUUCGGUACAUUGCAGAUAGACCAAUUCAACGAGACUGCAGUUAGGCCUACUUUGAGAGUAAGUGAGAAGUUUUUCGAAGCAACUGAAGGUCAAGACACGAACGACAUAGACUACGAGUUCGCUUUGCAGAAUGGGACCGUUAACAUCCCGAGGUUCCAUUGGGAGUCCCUUUCUGACUGUCUUCUUCGGGAGCCGGAUCCAACAGCUCCCAUAAGAUUAGACGUCAGUACAUACGGUUCAAUGAACUCUCUUGGUUGGGUUGAACAUGAACUCGGUCUUCCUGGGCCACACGAAGUUAUGGUCGAUGUCAGUUAUGUUGGCUUGAACUUCAGAGACAUUAUGAUCCAAUUGGGAAUCAUGGCGAGCAAAGAUGAAUUUGGGGUCGAAGCUAGUGGCAUCGUCCGCCAAUGUGGCAGCGACGUAGAGCAAGUGAAGCCUGGCGAUAAGGUCAUGCUGUUUCAGCCUGGGAUUUUCUGCUCGCGCGUGUGUGUUCCUGUUUCCAGCUGUGUGCGUCUACCAGCGUGGAGUCCCUUGGAGGAUGCUGCUUCAAUGGCUGUGGCAUACGGAACAGCCCUCUACUGCUUGACAGACAUUGCUCGGUUAGAAAAGGGUCAGUCUGUGCUGGUUCAUGCAGCAUGUGGAGGUGUUGGUUUGGCUGCGAUCAACUUGUGCCAGAUGCUUGGUGCCGAAAUAUAUGCGUCGGUUGGCAGCAAGGAGAAAGCUUUGCAUCUUGUCAAUAUGUUCCAUAUCCCGCGACAUCGGAUCUUUAAUUCGAGAGACAGCAGUUUCCUUCCGGGAAUACUACGUGAAACGGGUGGCCGCGGGGUUGACGUUGUGCUCAACUCGCUGGCUGGAGAGCUGUUGCAUGCAUCAUGGUCAUGCGUUGCCGAAUUUGGUAAGAUGAUAGAGAUUGGUAAACGAGAUAUCCUCGAGCAUGGAAAAUUGCCAAUGGAUGCUUUUGGGGGUAACCGGGCCUUUUUUGGUGUGGAUCUUAUAAGGCUGGGGCAGAAGCCUGGAGCCUUUGCAAGCUUGACAUCUCGAGUGAUGGAUCUAUAUGAAGAAGGCAAAAUAUCUCCAAUCCGCCCAUCGAAGGUGUUCGAGGCUUGCAAUGUCAAAGAAGCAUUCCGAUACAUGCAAAGCGGCCUCCACAUUGGUAAAAUCCUGAUAAGAAUGCCUCGGAAUACCAAUGGCCUCAAUGUUACUCGGUCACGAAGACAGUCAGCCCUUUCACCCGACUUGGCCUAUGUUCUAGUCGGCGGUCUAGGGGGCAUUGGACAGACACUUGCGACCUGGAUGGUGGAGAAGGGCGCCCGACACUUGAUAUUCCUCUCGCGGUCCGCAGGCAUAUCUGACCGAGACCAGUCGUUCGCCCAUGAACUGGAGAUCCAGGGAUGCACAGUUGUACUGGCCAAAGCCGACGUGUCAGUUUUGGAGGAUGUAGAAGCCGUCAUUCGCUCAUGCCCUCGCCCUAUCGGUGGAAUCCUCCAACUAUCGAUGGUUCUUCGGGACCAAUUUAUCCAAAAUAUGACUCAUAAGGACUGGCAAGAUGUGUUGGCCUGCAAGGUCGCAGGCACUUGGAAUCUGCAUCAUGCGCUACAAGGUCACGAUGCGCACCUGAGGUUCUUUGUCCUCUGUGGUUCCAUUACAGGUGUCUUGGGUACCCCAGGUCAAAUCAAUUAUGCCUCAGCCAAUGCUUUCUUGACCUCCUUCACGCAGUAUCGCCUGCAGCUUGGGCUUCCCGCCUCAGUCGUCAACCUCGGCGCCGUGGGAGAUGUAGGUUACAUCGCCACACAAGAUCCAAAACUACGAGAGCGAAUGAGCUCUGGAUCCGUACGCCUUCUGCAGGAGCAGGAAGUUCUAGAUGCAUUAGAACUCGCUAUCUUCAAAUGUCAAUCAAGGGCCUCCUUGCAUAUAGCCGAUGGCACCAUCAGAGCGCCAAACAAUAUCAUCGUUGGUAUGAGCAGUACCAAAUCCCUGACCGACCUCUCGGUCCGUCCGCUUUGGGGUCAAGAUGCGCGAUUCAGCAUCUACCGGAAUCUCGACAAGGACGUCAACCAAGGUCCAGAUCAGUCGUCCUUGAGCAAUGCAGCAGCCAUGCGGGAUUUUCUGGCAUUGAUCGAAAGACAACCUGAAACCCUCGAGACCGAUGACAUGGCCAACAGGAUCCUUGAAUACAUGAUCAAGUGCAUUCAGGAGUACUCUAAGUUCGCCCAUGAUCUCAGCUACGAUCAGGUGGUGGAAAUGCCUAUUGAUUCCUUGAUGACGGUUGAGCUUCGCAAUUGGGCUCGUCGCAAUAUAGGUGUUGUGCUGUCUCUGACGGCUAUCAGCAAGGCAGGUACUAUUGGAGGACUGGGUGAGGUGGUGCUGGCGUCUUUGCGUACGAAGUAUAGUAAGCAGUGA